GCCAGGGUGGAAGCCACGCUUGGGCACCUCGCUCUCUCCGUGCCUUCCCGUCCCAUCAGGGACACCGGCGCCGGGCUCCGCGCUGCUGUCCAUCCCCUCUGCACCGCUGUAAAUCGCGCAGUGCCACUUAAAAACCCGAAACGCAGCCGGUAUCCGAACGAAAACACGUCCUCCAAAAGCUAUUGUGUAUUCCAGCUUCAGACAGGGAUGGAGAUGAACCACCUUAUCAAGACAAAUUUGGAACAUUAUCUGGCUGUACCAGGUUUAGGAGAGACUGUCAUAAGUAAUGGAAAGCACUGUGCAUGUAAGGACACAAGGAAUGUUGGAGCUGUGGAGGGACCACUCAAGGCAGAAGAGAAAAAUAAAUCUGCAGACAUUUCAAAACAAAAAGAACCAUGCCUUGUACCAUGUGAUGCUGAAGCUAAAAUUUUACGAGGGGAAAAACAUUACAUGUGCAGAAAUUUGCAGGACUCUCUUGUUGAAUAUGCAAGAAGUACGCAAAAACUGGUAAGAGACAUGAUGGAUGAUCAACAGUCUUCUUUGGACUACCUUUCUAGUCAGGUAAAUGAACUCAAGAACAAACUUGUUCUUUUGAAUGCAGUAGUUUUGAGAAAGCAUCUGGAUCCACUUCCUUACAAAGCAGUUCAAUCUCAUGGUUUGGACUGCACUCAUAUUAAAGAUACCACUGGUUCAGUUUCAAAAACUCCAUCUGGUCUGUACAUUAUCCAUCCAGAAGGAUCAAAUUAUCCUUUUGAGGUUUUUUGUGACAUGGAUUUUCAAGGAGGUGGAUGGACUGUGGUUCAGAAAAGAACUGAUGGAAUCAUUCCAUUCCAGAGAACAUGGUCUGAAUAUCUGGAUGGAUUUGGUGAUCUUACUGGGGAAUUUUGGCUUGGACUAAGGAAGAUUUUUGACAUAGUAAAUCAAAAAGCCACUAGUUUCAAUCUUUAUGUGGACUUGGAAUCAGAAAAUGACAAGCAUGCCUAUGCAUCAUAUGAUGGAUUCUGGAUAGAAGAUGAAGCAUGUUCUUUUAAGAUCCAUUUGGGGCAUUAUUCAGGAAAUGCUGGUGAUGCAUUUAGAGGAUAUAGAAAAGAAGAUAACCAGAACUCAAUGCCUUUCAGCACUUUUGAUGUUGAUAAUGAUGGAUGCAGACCAGUAUGCACUAUUAAAGAACAGCUUGUAAAGAGCUGCAGUAACUUCAGUGAUAGCACUGGAUGGUGGUUCAGCAAGUGUGGCCUUGCAAAUCUUAAUGGUGUUCAUCGCUACACAGGUAGAUUUCUUGCAACUGGGAUUCACUGGGAUACAUGGAAAAUGAAGAAUAAACCAGUCAAAAUUAAAUCAGUUUCAAUGAAAAUUCGGAGAACCUAUUAUCCAUAUUUCCAUUAGAAAUAUAUCUCUUCUGGCAAUUAUGUGGAAUAAUCUAUCAUUGCAAUCAUAAAUACCUUUCAUCUUCACUUGAAGAGUUCAGUCAAAACUUUAUUAGGGAUUUCUACAAUACAGUUACUAAUUUUUAUUGGGAAAUGUCAGCAUUUGUAGUGCUCCUGUUUGAGUAAGAAGGUCCUAAAAAGAACUGGGUUUUCAGAAAAAGGAUUAAGCUUAGUUCUUGUCAGCUUUUAUUCAACUUUCAAUUUUAUUUACUCUUAGGCAAUCUCAGAACCAGCAGAAAAAAAUUAUAAAAAGAAGUGUAAUGAUGACCUCUGAAUGUACUUUUUCUAUGCUCUCUGCAUAUCUGAAUUUCUAAGAAAUUGCAGCAAAUUUUCUUUUAAAAACCUAUGUACCUGCCAUUUCCAUCAUAAUAUUUUGGAAAAAUAUCUUUUCUUCACCUUAGGUUAAUUUUUCAGAAUCAGCUCUCCUUUUUAUAUUCUUUAUCAGUCAAGUUAAAAAUUGUUGCAAUGUAUAUAUAGAGUUCACUAUACCCUCAGGUCCUGAUUUUUAUACAAGUAAGGUUGAUACUGAGAUUCAAGAACUGUGGUCUAUUUUGUAUUUAAUUUGCACAGUCAAUAUGUUUCAUAAUCCAAUUUUUACUCUACCAUUGUCUAUUUUACAGUUCACUAUGAAUUAAAAACUUUUUUUAAAGAAAAGGCAUAGCUUUGGAAUUUAAAUUUUUGGAUAU